UGUUUGCUCUUGACGUCUGAUGACCUACACAAGCUCUUCAUGGGAGGUCUAACAAAUCCUAAUGUUUCAAUUUUUCUUCAGAAUGGUUUCUUGUGACGGCAUAGCAAGAUCCUAACAACUUUUAUCGUGAAGCUGAAGUCAUCAAAGUCUCCUCUAGCAGUAAUGGCAGACUGACCACCAGCCUUAAGAAGAAUAACAGCGGGACACAGAUUUUAGGGGACUGGGUCAACAAUGGUGGCCACCCUGUUUCAUUUUUCCUGGGCUUUUAUCAUCUUGUGUUGUCUAGAGACAAACAUUGUUUACUCCCGGAUUCGUCUACCUCAAGAUCCAGUAACUAUGGUCCCAGGUCAGAAUUUAACUCUGCAAGUGAACUUUGAUCCUGACAGCAGUGUUUCUAGGCACAGCAUUUCUUGGCUGCUGUACAGAGAGAAGAGCCAAUCCCUGAAAAUUGUGCAAUAUAUAUGGAAUCAAGAUUUGAUUCAUGUGUACUCUGCUUUUGACAAACGCGUUAAUCUCAGCAGAAACACUGGAUCUCUGACACUUUUCAACUUCAACGAAACAGAUGUAGGGACAUAUGGAGCCAUAGUUACCUUUGAGGAUGGAACCGAAAGUGGAGCUAAUGCUACAGUUAAAAUUGACAUGACGUCAUGGAGAACUACAGUAAUGGAUAAGGACAUGAAAACCCUGGAGUCUAACUACAAACCAGAAGGCCCAUGGGUCCUCUUGCGACAUCGUUGGAUAAUUCUGGCCUGCUUCAUUGUGAUAUUGACAAUAACUGCAAUGCUGCUAUGCUACAGGCAGAAGCGAAAAGCAGACAACCAUGAAAGCAGUAGUGUGAUGUAGCCAUUGGGACAGUGACUGAAAUGCAUGUUCUGUCUGUUCACCGGAAUUCCAGCAGAGUGCACCAUCUACGAUAGUUUUUGACAAUCCAAUGGUAUGCUGGGCUGGACCUUGCGGAGAUCAUGCCAUCGCCUGACAGUGACUCUACCUCUCUUUCCUCUGGACAAAUUAAUGAGAACUGAGUGUCAUAGACAUUCUCAAAUAACUGCCUGUCAUGUGGCCUUAUUUGCAGCUAUAAAUACCAGGGUCAGAUAAUGCAGGGAUUUACAGAUUUGUAUGAAUCUGCACACACAAUGAGAUCCUCAUUCAGAAGUGAUGCUAAGAAACAGAUGAUUCAGUGUUGAAAGAUUAUCCAGGGCAUUCAUUUCAGAUUAACUUCUACAUAUCCUCUGCCCUCCUAGUUCCAUUUUAUCUUGAAAAGCACAGAUUAGGAAGGGCAUUUUUAAUUCACACUUUGCCAAAUACAAAUGCAUGAAUCAUUUAAAGAUGAAUACUUUUUUAAAUAUUUUGGACAGAAGGAGAAUGGAUUACUUAUAUUUGAACUGAGAAAUAAGAAGUCAACAAUUGAAUCGCUAAUGACUUUUUUUCCAGUGCUUCUUCUCUGCCAGUCUUUCUACCAAUGGCAUUAUAUGUUGCAUUAUUUUCUGACAACACUGUUGUAUACUGUAUAUGUGAUGAACAUUUACAGUUUAAUGCGGAAAAAAUCGAAUAAAUACAAUUUGUUUUUCAUCUUUUAUAAUAGUACCAGCCGUUGUACCCUGCAGUGUCUGAGGUGGAGUACUCUAUCCAGCAGGGGGUGCUAGCACCCUGGUUGCAAUAAGUUCUUUUUUAAUUGCGGCAUGUUA